GCACCAGAGCAUCCAGACCUGCACCUGCUGGCCGGGAACGUCCCGAUGUGCCGGACCUGGAGGAGGCCAGAUGCCCAUGAGCCGUGAGUGCUCCGGCAUGGCUCAAGCCCUGGCACUGCUGCUGCUGGGGCUGGGCCGCUGGGGCUGGGCCAGCUGGGGGCAGCCAGCUGGCAGGUACCUGAGUGGGGGUGAUGGCAGUGCCCUGGAGUUUGACUUCCCUGAGAGGAGCCGGGGGGUCAUGGUCGUGUCCAGCCGGUACUUGGGCACCAAUGGGACAGCAAGUGGUGCCUGGCUCAGUGCGGCCUCAUUGGCACCUGCGGUGCUGACUGUGGAGAACGUGAGUGCUUUGUGCUGUGGAGCAGGCGGUUUCCUGGUGGCCAUCCGCUCAGGCCCAGCUGGGCUGGCACCACUUCGGCUGCGCCUGCUGGACCAGCAUCAGCUGGUGGAGGAGCGGGGCGAGUUCCGGGUGCGGGUGAUGGCGAGUGAGGAGCCAGGGCACCCAGGCCUGGGCCACUUCUCAGAGAACCCGUUGCUUUAUGCUCUGCUGCCCCUCAUCUUUGUCAACAAGUGUGCCUUCGGCUGCAAGGUGGAGCUGGAGGCGCUGCGGGAGCUGGCGCGCCAGCCACAGCCCGUGCUCCUGGGCAUUGUGGGCCAGUUUAUUGCUAUGCCACUCUAUGGCUACCUCCUCUCGCUGGCCUUUGCCCUCCCCCCGGCGCUGGCACUGGGGCUGGUUGUCACCUGCUCCUCACCAGGUGGGGGUGGUGGCUACCUCUACAGCCUGCUGCUGGGUGGUUUUGCCCUCAUCCUGGGUGGACUCCUCCUGGCCUACCACAUGGGAGCCGUCAUCCUGGCUGAGGUGGAGCCCCCAGUGGUGCUGGCCGGGCUCACCGUGCCCCUCGUUGGCCUGGGGCUGGGUUACCUCUUGGCUGCCUGCCUGCGGUUGCCAGGCCCACACUGCCGCACAGUCAGCAUUGAGGUGGGAGUGCAGAACAGCUUGCUGGCACUGGCUGUGCUGCAGUUAUCUUUCCGCCGUCGCCAGGCUGACUAUGCCUCCCAGGCCCCCUUCGUGGUGGCCCUGAGCAGCACGGCUGAGAUGCUGGUGCUAGUGCUGGCCCAUCUCCUCUACAAGAAGCUGCAGCCAUCUGCCAGUCCCUGAGUGCCCCAUCUGUGAGAAGGAAUGGGUCCUGCUGGGGGCUGGGCAGCCCUAAGCACUGAGUGCCCCUCUACUGGGGGGCUGGGCUGCCCUAGGAGCUGAGCACCCUGCUGUUGGGGGGCAGAGACAGGCAGAUUCAGGGACCUGCUGUACAAGGGGCUCACCCCAGGGGCCCCUCCCAGUGGGGGCAGUAGGAAACCAAAGUCUCAUGUUGGGCCCCUGAACACCCAGCCUCAUUUUAUACUGUGUUUUCUGUGUGGCUGGCAAUGGUCCUCAGGGAGGGGGCCACACAGGCUGUUAAGGGAGGGGAAGGGGCCAAUAAAGGAGAAAGAGCAAGUUUGUGCAUGGAGCUGUUAUUGGU